UCCACAGUCUCCAUUCCGCUCCGCCACUCCCAAACCCCCCAAAACCCUCGUCGACCUCCCCAAACCACCACUCCCCUUCUCCCCAACCCCUCAGACCUAGGGUUCCUUCCGGCGAGCCCCCGCGCCAAUGUCGAGCGGCGGCGACGAUUACAAGCGCGAGGAGUCGGUGGCGCUCAUUGUCAUCGUCUCCCUCGCUGCGCUCUCGCUCCUCUCUCUCAUCGCCGCCUUUGCCUACUACUGCUACAUCACCCGCAAGGUCUCCCGCCGCCUCAACUCGCACCCACUCCCCAAGCGCUCCUCCUCCCCUCCCCCGCUGCCCCUGCCGGCUCCCGUGAUCCCCACGCAGGGGAAGGAGAGCCCGUCCAGCAACUCCGCCAGCGACGGGGCCGCGGCUGGGGCGCUGGUGGUCGGCGCCGAGAGGGGCGUGCAGGUGUUCGGCUACAGGCAACUGCACGCGGCGACGGGCGGCUUCGGGCGGGCGCAUAUGGUGGGGCAGGGGAGCUUCGGGGCCGUCUACCGCGGGCUGCUCCCCGACGGGAGGAAGGUCGCGGUCAAGCUCAUGGACCGCCCCGGGAAGCAGGGCGAGGAGGAGUUUGAGAUGGAGGUUGAGCUGUUGAGUCGGCUUCGAUCAUCUUAUUUGUUGGGCUUGAUUGGCCAUUGCUCAGAGGGUGGACACCGGCUACUGGUGUAUGAGUUCAUGGCCAAUGGGUGUCUCCAGGAGCAUCUUUACCCAAAUGGAGGUUCCUGUGGUGGCAUCUCAAAAUUGGACUGGCCGACACGAAUGAGAAUAGCUCUUGAAGCAGCAAAAGGUCUGGAGUAUCUCCAUGAGCGUGUCACUCCACCUGUUAUACACAGGGACUUCAAGAGCAGCAACAUUCUCUUGGACAAGGACUUCCAUGCAAGAGUCUCAGACUUCGGUUUGGCCAAGCUUGGAUCUGAUAGAGCUGGUGGUCAUGUGUCAACUCGAGUUUUAGGCACGCAGGGCUAUGUCGCACCAGAAUAUGCAUUAACUGGGCAUUUGACAACCAAAUCAGAUGUGUACAGUUACGGGGUUGUGCUUCUGGAAUUGCUUACUGGCAGGGUACCGGUUGAUAUGAAGAGGCCUCCUGGGGAAGGUGUUCUAGUUAACUGGGCAUUACCUUUGCUCACUGAUCGAGAAAAGGUUGUGCAGAUCCUGGAUCCAUCACUGGAAGGUCAAUAUUCAUUGAAAGAUGCUGUUCAAGUGGCUGCUAUCGCUGCCAUGUGCGUUCAACCGGAGGCUGACUAUAGACCACUGAUGGCCGAUGUCGUCCAAUCAUUGGUCCCACUUGUCAAGAAUCGUUCCAGUUCCAAACCGUGCAACCCAAAUGCCCAAGCAUCAAGGCCACUCGACUAGGAAACGAGUGUGACGGCUAUUUUUCUGGGAUUUCUAUCCAGAAACUAACAGUGGGCAGUGGGCAGUGGUUGCUGAGAUGAUGCGAUCUGUAUGCUUCUUUAUUACUGUACAUGAUAUCUUCCACUUCUGGUGGCGUUCUCGUUCUGGAAGGUGCCUGGUAAGCAGGUAGGUUUAUAAUUUAAGCAUGGAUUCAGUCUGAUGGUCCGGAAAACUAGUUUUGAGUUUGAAGGGAAGUUCUCAAGUCAUGUGCCGGUAAUGAUGAUGUUAGUUCAUCAUUACGUAGCAGUGUUGUUAUGGGCUGGCGAAAUUUCCAUGUGAUGUUUAUUUUUAUUUUAUUUUGGCUUGACAAGUGUGUUAGGUGUCUCGGAAGCAUGUUACGCAAUGUCUAAACUCCUAGGCUAAGAACACUGAUCUCGGUGAUGACGCGUAGUAGUGCUUCCUCUGUGUUCUGUAUGUGUAAUGUAUAGUAGGUUUCUGGAACUCAUACCGUUGAGCUGUUAUAUACUGGGACAUCCCUCUGCGCCGGCCGACCGGCGCAAGUGCUUGA